AUGGCGUCUCAAUACGGAUCCAAUGAUGGCGCCGAAGCUUCGAGGAAUCGAUCAACUAUCUCGAGGAGCAGCGAGACUCCAACCCAGCAGGACGACGCCGAAAUGAAGAAGGCCAGAAAGAGGGAACAGGACCGACUUUGCCAACGACGGAAGAGAGAAAAGGACCGCGAAAACCUGCGACGACUCGAAGCUCGAUUGAAUGGAUUGCAGAACCCUGAUGAACCCAAAGUUGUCCUUGACCUGAUUCUACGCCACGAACAAGACCAGGAGAGAUUAAACCGUCAAGCGGAACGACUGCGUCAGAUUGAAUCUCUGAUCCGCACUUCUCUGAGCGACAUUGGAAACGAAAUCACAUCUUCAUCGACGCCGAAUGAUAGCGUUGUGGAUGCAAAGCCCGAUGUCAAAGAGACUACCAGCUUGCCGACGGCAGGAAUUCCUACGACCGAGGUGCCAAUGUACACGUCUGUGCAAGGCGCACCUAUGCCGACAGCUACAGCAACUUCAAUGGUCAUGCCCGUUAACAACCCUGCCUUGUUGGCAUCUCAAUACCCCAUGACAAUUCCUCUCAACAUGCCUUCUCAAUCACAACCAAUCAUGCCACCAUCGUCGCCCCCAAACCAACAAAUCAGCACAAUCACAGAUGCCAUGUCUGCGGUUCCAGGCGUAGCAGCAGCUUAUACAGAUGAAGCAUUCGACCAACACAUCAUCGUUAUGGUUCUGAUACACGGCUGGGACGCUGUCGCCGCAUACAUGCAGCUCGAUCCGCUGUGGUCUCUCUUACGCCAGAUCGAUGGAGGUGCCUGCUCGCAAUGGAGAAAAGUGGAUCGCAUGGUGGGUAUGCUCUCCUUCCGUCGUAUGAUGAAGGGCAUGGCCAUGGGUCCCCAAGCAAUGGUUACCAUAGAACCAAAGUUCAUGCGACCACGCCCUUCUCAGCUACACGUCCCUCACAUACCGAACGGCGACUACUUCCCCUGCACACGCUUCAUGUGGAACUCGGAUUUCGCGACCGCCUUCGUCCAGAAUGACAAGCAGCUUUUCCAAUUCUCAGACGAGUUGAUCAAGCGCUUCUACAAUCUGAGUUGUUGGCGCAUCGAUGCAGCCUUCAUCGCCGCAUACCCAGAGUUUGCUGGCGACAUACCUACCUACAAUUCUGUGCCCAAGAAGAUCGACGAUAAGCCGUAUGAAGGAGAAUACUUCUUUGGCAGCGACCUUGACGAUGGUGUCACACACAAUGGUCCUGGUGCCGCCACUACAGCUGGAGGACAGUGGAUCUACGACCAAGGAAGAUGGUACGUUUCAGGAGCUGUGAGAUGA